AUGGCCACGGCGCCGCCGAAAGAGCGCCCAAAUGGCGAUCCGAACAAUGAAAAAGACACCGAACCGACCCUGAUGUCAAAUCCCCACAAUCCCUCCUCAGCGGCAUACCUAGCCUACCCUGUCAAGCACGUAAUGUCGAGCCUAUACCGUCGCAUGACCGAACCACCGGAAAUACCAGUGAACAAACUCCUCGACGCCCCGACAUCUUCAUCCUCACCCGGCGCCUGGACGCCGCCCCGACGCACAGCAUCACCCUACCAACCACCACCAUUAACACCGCUGUCUCUCCAACACACGCUCUCUCCGUCCGCGGAAGCCUCUCUCCUCUUAUCCAGGUCACUUGCGGAGGAAAUCCGGUUGCUCCUCCCACCAAGGCUCCAACUUCUAGAUCACUGGAAACUGGCCUACUCACUUGAGGUCCACGGCUCCAGCCUGCGCUCUCUGUACAACGCUUGCGAGGAGGUUUCUCUCACUACCCAACGCUCGGGCUACGUUCUCGUCAUCAAAGAUGGCAAUAGCACCGGCUCGCUCUUCGGCGCGUAUCUUACCGACGCACCGACACCACAAAAACACUACUUCGGCACCGGCGAGUGCUUCCUCUGGCGCGCCUCCAUCCUGCCCUCCCUGCGUAGCCUAGCCGCAACAUCGGCACCCUCCAACGGCACUCACUCAACUUCCCAGAGCGACAAGCCUUUAUCCUCAGACCUCCUCGAACUAGCCGGCCUCCCACCCCCACCCUCAGCAGACACUUCACACGCGACGCGCACAACCACUGUUCGCAGCGACGCCGUCCUGGUCCCCGAAGAAGACCAACGCAUCCGCUUCAAAGCCUUCCCCUACUCCGGCGUCAACGACUACACAUCUACUGCGAGCCCGACUAUCUCUCCGUCGGCGGCGGCGACGGGCAUUACGGCCUCUGGCUUGACGAUCAACUAG